CCGAAACUCUAUCCUCAAACUCCCCUCGCACACACGGACGCAGAGAAGUCGCAGCAAGAGAGACAGAGAGACGGACAGAGAGAGAAAACGGAGAAGGAGGAGGACUCGAAUCGCCCGGCAUUCGGUUCCGGCGACCUCCGAGCCACGCGCUGAUGGCGUGAGCGGGUGGAAAGCAGCACAUCCUGCGGGAAGGACCGGUCGAGGGCGAGCGGGGGAGGGGGAUGGAGUGCGUCGUCGGGGGCGGCGCGGGGCGCUUCGCCGCGGCAAUGGCGGUUGCUCCCCGCCCGAGGUGGAGGGCGAGGAGGGCGAGGGGUCAUGCGCCGUUUCGGAGGCGCAGAGCUUGUGGGGUGGUCAGGGCAGGUGGCGCCAGGAGCAGCGACGGCUGCGUCGCCGUCCGGGAAGGCUUCGCCGACGAGGAGGAUUACGUCAAGGCCGGGGGCUCGGAGCUGUGCUUCGUGGAAAUGCAGCAGGGCAAGGCCAUGGAUGACCAGUCUAGGAUUGCAGAUAAGUUACCACCAAUCUCACUAGGAAAUGAUCCACUGGAUUUAGUUGUGAUUGGUUGUGGUCCUGCUGGCCUAGCUCUGGCUGCGGAGUCUGCAAAGCUAGGAUUGACCGUCGGACUCAUUGGCCCGGAUCUUCCUUUUACAAAUAACUAUGGUGUAUGGGAAGAUGAAUUUAAAGAUCUUGGACUUGCAAAAUGUAUCGAGCAUGUCUGGAAGGAUACAAUAGUAUACCUUGACGAUAGCAAGCCAAUUCUGAUUGGUCGUGCAUAUGGACGAGUUAGUAGACACCUGCUUCAUGAGGAGUUGCUAGACAGGUGUGUCAAGUCAGGUGUUUCAUUCCUGAGCUCUAAAGUGGAAAGUAUCUUUGAAGCUGUCGAUGGGUAUAGUCUUGUUGCUUGUGAACAUAACGUUGUCAUCCCAUGCCGGCUUGCUACGGUUGCAUCUGGAGCAGCUUCAGGGAAACUUUUGCAGUAUGAGGUGGGUGGUCCAAGGGUUUCUGUCCAGACAGCUUAUGGAGUGGAGGUUGAGGUGGAAAAUCAUCCAUAUGAUCCCAAUCUGAUGGUUUUUAUGGAUUAUAGAGAUUAUAUCAAGCAAGAAAUUCCCUGUUCAGAAGCUCAUUCUCCAACUUUUCUGUAUGCCAUGCCCAUGUCAUCCACCAGAGUCUUCUUCGAGGAAACUUGUUUGGCUUCAAAAGAUGCUAUGCCAUUUGACGUACUAAAGGAAAAGCUGAUGUUGAGGUUAGAAACAUUGGGUGUCAGAAUUACAAAAACUUAUGAAGAGGAGUGGUCUUAUAUCCCAGUUGGUGGAUCCUUGCCAAAUACAGAACAGAAAAAUCUUGCAUAUGGUGCUGCUGCCAGCAUGGUGCAUCCAGCUACAGGCUAUUCUGUGGUGAGAUCCUUGUCUGAAGCUCCUAAUUAUGCAUCUGCAAUUGCAAAUAUUUUGAAGGCUGGGCAAGUUAAGGGGACUCAUGCUUACAAACGAAGUAAUGGAAACAUCUCGAUGCAAGCUUGGAAUACCCUAUGGCCACUCGAAAGGAAACGGCAAAGGGCGUUUUUCCUCUUUGGACUGGCUCUUAUCUUGCAGCUGGAUAUCGAGGGAAUCAGGACAUUUUUUCAUACAUUCUUCCGUUUGCCUCGAUGGAUGUGGCAGGGCUUCCUAGGCUCUACUCUUUCUUCGGCUGACCUUGUACUCUUUGCUUUCUAUAUGUUUGUCAUAGCACCAAAUGACCUGAGAAUGGGCCUUGUCAGGCAUCUGCUUUCUGAUCCAACGGGAGCAACUAUGAUAAGAACUUAUCUUACAAUCUAGUGCUUUUGUUUGUUUUCUCGUUGCCGGCAUCCCAGGUUAGCCACAACUAUCUUUCCCUUCACUUCUAGGUAUUCACAUGUAUAUACACUUGUUCGUCGCAUUUAUUUUCCUUGUGUAGCAACAUUAUUGUUUUUCUUAGCCUGUAACUUUUAAUACUGAUAGAGUCGAAGGGUGGGAUAUCAGUUAAAGCAUCAUUACAAGUCAAUUUUGGAGGACAGAUCUGGAUUUCAUAAAAUGACCAAUUCGAAGAGAUUACAGUGAUGCUUUGAAUUGAUAGUUCCAAGUUGUGUAGUGGAACAAGGCUUUGCAAGCUACAUUGCUGUCAUCUCUUCGGUUGUCAACUCAUCAUUGGUUUGGAAAAUACUGAACUUCUUCAAGCAAAGAGGGGGAAUCAGUUAGAACCUCAUCAUCCAUGCGCAUGCCCUUUUUCUCCACUGACAUUGCAUUGGACUAAAAGAAUAUGUAAACCCUUGUUGACUAUCGUGAUCGUACAAUGUACUAUCUCAGAGUUGGAAUGGUUCCACUUUGGCCUUAGGAUAUAUUCUUCUGUCUGCAAUCUCUGGGGAUUCUCCUCUAGAAGGCCAUCAGAAUGAAACAGCAAAAGAGGUGUUAAUAUAAUCAACUGGGGGAACGCCAUGAUGUUGACUUGAUCAAUCGCAAUUUGCUCAAGGGUCAUGGAUCAUCAUAAGCUAGGUGAUUCUCCCAUGCUUGAUAUGCCUUAUCCUUUUCAUUAUUUAAUCCAUUAUGGUUUCUCUUUUGAUUACUUAAAUCCAGUAUGAUUGCCUCGCUAGAGAAUCGGAUGGUAGUAAAAAGAGUUAAAGCAGACGAGGAAUUCACAAUCUGUGUGGUCACUUGGUAAAUUAACCUCGGCAUGGAAUGUGCGAAAGGCGAGAUACUGAUCUAGCACUCCUUUAUUGUUAAAUGAUCAGAGCUACAGUUGAUUGAAGCAUAUAUACUUUGUGCUGCUUUCCAUCAUGGCACGUUCUUGUGAGAGCGGGACCUGUGCUUCUUGUAAAAUAUCAUUUAAGUA